CGCUCCCUUGAGGCUUCAGGAUUGGUUGGGCGUGCCGGAAGCAGAAGCAGCGUGUCGGAAGUCCGGGCCGCCGCCUUAGCGACGGCUCCCCUAGCAACCGAGGCGUCGGUGCGAUGCAGACGCAGCAGCUGGUGCCGCUCGCGUUGCCUCGCGGGCAGAAGCUCUUCUGCGAACUGUGCCGCGGGCCGGCCACGCUGCGCUGCGGAUCCUGCGCUGUCACCUACUACUGCGACGUAGAACACCAGAGUGCUGAUUGGGUCAGCAUCCAUGAGAAAAUAUGCCAACUUCUCAUCCCUUUGCGUACAACAUUACCUUUUUACAAUUCAGAGGAAGAAAGGAAGCAUGGGCGAGAGCAGAAGUUAAGAAGAGAGAAAUUCCUGGCCGAGUUGACCCAGGCGGUCGCUCAGAAUUUUCUUCUUGAAGGCAAACACGAAGAUGCCAUUCCAGCUGCGUUGCAUUCACUGAAGUUCAACAUCAGCGUACACAGUUCAAAUGCUGUGGAGCUGGUGCCAGCGUACCUCAUUUUAGCUGAGGCGGGUCUGGGCCUCGGUCACCUUACCCAAGCAGAGGAGUACCUCUCACAAGCCCAGUGGAUUAUCCUCAAGAAUUCCCACUGCAGCAGUGCCAUUCAGUCUGACUUUCAUCGCAACCUGGGCCUCCUUUACGCUGCCAAAGGGAACUUUGAGGACUCUUUGUACCACCUGGCUAAUGACAUUUACUUUUCCUCUUGCGCCUUCGGAACGAACCACAUGGCUGCCUCGGGAGGGUACUUCCACAUGGCCAAUGUCUUCUUCCGUCAGAACAGAAUGGACAUUGCCAAUUCCCUGUACACUGAGGUGACCAAUAUUUGGUACCACCAUUUCAGCCACUUCAUCGGCCUCCAAUACCACACGCUUAUGACUCCGGCAGAACUUGAUAUGCUUGCGGAAGAAGAGGAGACUACAGAAGAAAUCCUUGAUGCAAAGCAGCGAGCUGAAGCAAAACAGAUGCUGAAUGCCAUUUUAGAGAUCCGAGAGCAGUCCCCGCGACCUCAGCUGGCUCACAUAGCCAAGAUCCUCCAUACUCUGGCCAUGUUUCAUUACUUGAUCCUGGAUGUGCCAAAGGCUCAUGAACUUGUGAUGAGAGUUCUGCAAGUUAUGAAGAAGCUGCCAAAGUAUGAGCCAGACGAAUCACUUCACCAUUUGGUUAAAUUGUUGAAAUCCAAACCAAUCUAUGCAAAAUAGACCCGCCGCCGCCGCCCUCAGGCCUGGCUUCCCAGAUGAACAUAAGAUGCCAGUCGCUAAUCAUCCUUUCCUGUUUCUACUUCCAGUUUUAAUUAAAUUGGCACUUCUUAGAUAUA